UGGAAUUUGUGUUGCGUAAUAUAGACGCACGAUGCGCGUGGCACGAGCCCAAAAUAUAUUUUCUGGUCUCCAUAAGUCAGAAAUAAUGUGACACACAGACACGUGCCCGUUUUCGUCGUUUCGCCAUUCCUUGAUGUACGGACCAUUGUAAUUCUACGUGCUUCGAGCCGAGUGACAGGUGGACGGGUUCGUGCGUGGACCGCGGCUGACGCGACGGACUCCACGGUCAUGACACGGUGAGGUCCAAUCGGCUGCUAAAUCAAAUCCACCGGCUCGUUUGCGGUCAGCCUCCGACACGAGGCGCGCGGCUCCAGCGACGCCCCUUCCUCAGUGAUGACGCCGAAGCAGCCGAGCCGCCGUCUCCGCCGGUUCGCCCCUCUCACUCCGCCCCGCUGAACUGCGUGCGACGCAUCGUCUCUGAGGGAAGGCGCGGAGGCGAGCGAGCCAACAUAUCCGCACCUGACCUGCGCCGAUCGUGGAUUUAAGCGACGAGGCGAACGGGAGUCGACGCGUCGCCGCCGUGACAGGAGCCGCGCCACACUGCCGUCUAGUUAAAAGCAGAUCAAAGGUCAGUGAAGGCAGCGGUACCAGGGGACAGACAUGAUGCCCAUGCAAAUGAGUGAGGCAGACAGUGUGAUGAAGGUGGCAGAGUGGCAGCAGACCUACUACGCCUCAGACUCUGGCAUUCAAUCCGGAGCCACCACAGUGCGGGAUGAUGAAAGCGGUACAGAAUACAGCAGCAGCAGGAAAUACACAGACAGUACUACAGCCACAACAAAUAAUCCUGCUACUGGAGGAGGAGACGCGGCGGCUGGGAGACUAGAGAGCCCAAGUACAAAUUUAGAUGCUCAAUACUCACUAACACGAGCUCAGCGUGUCAGGGCUGCCAUGUUCCCAGAGACCUUAGUGGAAGGCGAGGCGGCCAUGCCGGUCCAGUCAGAUCCUUCACAGCAGAGCAAUGUGCAGCGACUAGCCGAGCCCUCGCAGCUGCUAAAGACGGCCAUCGUCCACCUGAUCAACUACCAAGACGAUGCAGAGCUGGCCACCAGGGCGGUGCCAGAGCUCACCAAGCUGUUGGCAGACGACGACCCCAUCGUGGUGAACAAGGCGGCCUUGAUAGUCAACCAGCUGACCCGUAAGGAGGCGAGCCGGCGAGUGCUGGUGCAGUCCCCAGCGCUGGUGGGAGCUGUGGUUCACGCCAUGACGGCGGCAGUCGACACGGAAACAGCACGUUGCACAGCCAGCGUGCUCCAUAGCCUGUCUCACCAGAAGGAAGGACUGCUGGCCAUAUUUAAGUCUGGAGGGAUACCAGCACUAGUCCGUAUGCUGAGCUCACCAGUAGAAUCAGUCUUAUUUUAUGCUAUUACCACCCUGCACAACUUGCUGCUGCACCAAGAGGGGGCCAAAAUGGCGGUUCGCCUUGCGGACGGUCUACAGAGAAUGGUUCCCUUACUGAAGAAAAGCAAUCCCAAGUUCCUGGCCAUCACCACCGACUGUCUCCAGCUUCUGUCCUACAGCAACCAGGAGAGCAAGCUCAUCAUCCUAGCUAACGGAGGCCCAGAGGGCCUGGUGUUCAUUAUGAGGAACUACAACUAUGAGAAGCUGCUGUGGACCACCAGUCGUGUUCUCAAAGUGCUGUCUGUCUGUCCCAGCAACAAGCCGGCAAUAGUUGAGGCCGGUGGUAUGCAGGCUUUAGGCCAGCAUCUAACAGGAUCCAGUCAGCGCCUGAUCCAGAACUGUCUGUGGACGCUUCGCAACUUGUCGGACACCGCGACCAAACAGGAGGGUUUAGACGGGCUUUUGCAGAUUCUGGUCACUCAGUUGGGCUCAGAUGACGUCAACAUGUUGACCUGUGCAACCGGCAUCCUGUCCAACCUCACCUGCAAUAAUGCACGCAACAAGACUCUGGUGACUCAGUUUGGGGGUGUCGAGGCACUCAUCCAUGCGGUGCUUCGUGCUGGGGAGAAGGAGGACGUCGCUGAGCCGGCGGUCUGCGCUUUGCGUCACCUCACCUCCCGGCACCAAGACGCUGAGCUGGCUCAGAAUGCUGUGCGGCUCCACUAUGGGAUACCUGCUGUUGUCAAGCUGCUGGGACAGCCGCACUAUUGGCCUGUAGUAAAGGCCACUGUUGGACUGAUCCGAAACCUGGCGCUGUGCCCCACCAACCAGGCGCCACUGAGGGAAGCAGGUGCUAUUCCACGAUUGGUGAACCUGCUGCUGAAGUCCCACCAGGACACACAGAGACACAGCUCAGCUGCACAGCAGACAUACCAGGACGGUGUUCGUAUGGAGGAGAUCGUAGAGGGCUGCACCGGGGCGCUUCACAUCCUGGCUAGAGACCCCAUAAACAGAGGAGAGAUCGCCAGCAUGCAGACAAUACCGCUGUUUGUACAGCUGCUGUACUCGUAUGUGGAGAACGUGAAGCGUGUGUCUGCAGGCGUCUUGUGUGAACUGGCCCUGGACAAACAGUCUGCAGAGCUCAUCGAUGCCGAGGGAGCGUCAGCACCGCUCAUGGAGCUGCUGCACUCCAACAAUGAGGGAAUCGCCACGUAUGCGGCAGCGGUUCUGUUCCGAAUCUCUGAGGACAAGAGUUCAGACUACAGGAAGAGGGUGUCAGUGGAGCUCACACACUCACUGUUCAAACAUGACCCUGCAGCCUGGGACAUGGCUCAUACUGCUGUUCCUUUGGAGCCUUCAUAUCUUGCUGAAGAGUUAGAUGGCUCUUAUCCUUCCUAUGGCUACACUGACCUGCCUCUGGACACCCUACCGCUAGACCCUGACUUCCAUGACAGCUACAUUGCUGACAUGACCUAUGACCCAAGACAGGCUUAUCCUGAACCACUUUAACAGGAGAGGAACUUACUUACAAUCGGUUAAAGAGAGAGAAUGAGCAAUCAGCAAGAAGAAAAAUGAACAUAUGAUGAUUUUAAUAAAUACAGAAGUCUAUCUUUGUUGUUGCUAGGAAAAAAAAGACCUCUAAUGUUAAACUGUGUGAGAGUGAGUUGUGUUCUGAGGCAUUGUUGCGCGGGUAACUUUUUGAAGCAAUCGGAUUUGUCAGCUCAACGUAAGAGGAGCAGGAUGUCAAAGUGAAGCCUAUCAGUGAUACAAUUCAGAAUUGUACCUAUGAUACACAGUAACCUUUGCACCCGUGAUCAUCUCAUCAGAUAAUUUCAUAUUACUAAGACGUUUUAUCCCAACGGACGCUCACUAGAAGAACUAUUUUUAGUCUGAUGUCUUUGCUUAUGAAACACCUUUAGACGAACAGAAUUUCUCCCUCGUUGGCCACAGUGUUGCUACCAAACGCUACCCGUGUACCCCAGCCUUAACCUGCUCUUAUAGAUGUCUCCUCUUUGUAUUUGAACAGUGCACAUGUCCCAGGGUGUCCAUGUGUGGUCAUUGCAUGGUAAUGUAUCGUGUACUCAUUGAAAUAUUCCUUACAUACUAAGAAAAAAAAAUGACCUACGGGUUUACAAGCCAUUACGGAUUAUGCCGGUGGAGUGUGCACAACUGGACAACAAAUCCAGUCACGUCCCAGUCUCCCGGUCACCAAGUGAGUAUUCUGCCAACAUGUCAACGAGAGAUCAAACUUCUUCUGACAUCUGUGGGAUCAGACCACGAGUCCUACCGUAUUCCUACUGUUCGUGGUGAGACCCACUCACACUGCGUGAGGGCUGCAGGGUCUAAUGUGUAGUAUAGUGUACGUUCUGGUGCUCAGCACACAGCGUUUCCAUCCAGAUACAGUAGUAAUACUACCCAUGGUUUUAUUUAAUUCCAGCUGCAGUUUGAUUGUGGACAUCAUAGAGCGGACAGAAGCUACUCUGUGCUGGUUUGUAUAAAAGUCGUAAUGAAAUACUAUGAGUAGAAAGCACAACUACAAGGACUUAUCAUUCCUGUGGUGAUCUACCACAGCUGGACUGUUUCUAAAUAUGAACUUUAUAACCUUUUUAUUUUUUAGUAUUUGUUUCCCAUGCAUGGAAGACUCCCCAGUACUGCGGUACACUCGAAAGGCCCAACAAUCGAAUCAACGCCUACUCGGUUUAUGUAGUUUGUGUUUCUGUAUGCAGUUACUUUGUUGUCAUUGUUUGAAGGACAAGAAUUUUGGUCUUUGUGAACUAAAUGAGUUGUUUGUCAGUGUGACAUAAAUUUUCCAUGUGACAUUCAAAUAAACAUUUCUAUCACUAAA